AUAUGAACCGUGUGUCUCCCUUCCAGGCCGCUGUUCGACGUGGGGCUGAACUACCGCCACGGCACAGGCCACGGCAUCGGCCACUUCCUCAACGUCCAUGAAGCCCCAAUUCAGGUGAGAAUUUACGGCAAAGAAGAGCACAAGUUCGAGGUGGGCCAUUUCUUCUCAGACGAACCUGGCUAUUACCAAGACAAUGAAUGGGGCAUUCGUCUGGAGACCAUUUUGAGCGUCAUCACUAAGGAAACCAAGUACAAGUUCGGUGGACAGUGGUAAGUUUUGAGGCCAUCACGUUGGUGCCAUUCGAAUUCAAGCUCAUCAAUUCCUCCAUGCUGAGUAACGUGCAGUGUCACUGGCUGAACUCGUACCACGCCCGCGUGCUCGAAGUCGUCGGGGCGGAACUUCGACGACAAGGGCGCGUGGAGGCCUAUGAUUGGCUCGUGCUGAAGACCGACCCGCUCGUCUGCGCCCACGUGGACGAAAGGACAACUUCCACCACGAGGUCAACUUCGACCUCCACAGCGUACACUUCCACUUCCACCUCCACUUUGGGGACUACCACCAGGCAACAUGCUUCCACAAGAACCAUAGAAUACACCACCUCAGCCAUUGCCACGUUCACCGAGGCGGCGGUGAUCGGCGGGAACGGCGCUCAGCUCUUCGCGCCUUCGCUGUGGCUGUCGGCCGCGGUUCUGGUCGUGUGUGCAAGGAGCUGGCUGUUAUGGUAAAUAGCGAUGGACGAUGGCGUUUUGGAUUCAAAGUUAAUGAGUUAAGAAACAUUUCGAGAGCAGUGGUGUCAUCUAAGUAGAACAUGAGUCAUUCUCAUGUCAUUUCUCAUUGAUGUGAUUAAAUUUUAGGGAUAUAUAAUAAGUAGAAGAUGCAGGAUAUUUCAAGUACAACUGCUGUAUAUAGUAACAUGAGAUUCUAUAAGACAGAAGUGAUACUAAUUCUAAUUUAUAAUGUUAAAAAAGUUCGUAAGAGACAGUACUGUAAUAUAUUCUUAUUAUUACGUGCUCUGUAAUGAAAAAUUGGGUUAAAUGCCAGCGGUUUAUGUGCUAAAUUCAGUUUGUAUGUACACACCAUUGUAAUAAGGUGCAUUUUAUUGUAAACUGAGUGAAUGUUGCCUGAAGUUUAUAUACUUAUGGUUGAC